CUCAUCCGUGGAGCGGCUUCCUGUGAGCGGAGAGUGCGCCAUGGUUUGGAGCCCUUCAGUCCAGGCUCGUCGUUAUCAUGGUUGAUUAUACCACUUUAAUCACAGAUAAUUACGGGAUGUGCUGCUCAUUGCUGUCCUGUGUCAGGAGAUGGAUUGGGACCAGUUUGACUUGAACCCUAAAACAAUUGCUGCCCUGAAAAAAGCUGACAUAAAAUCAGUGAAAGAGAUUUUAAACCUCUCUGGAGCAGACUUGCAGAGAUUGAUGAAGCUUUCCAGUGCAGACAUCCAGUGUCUGCUGAAAACAGUCUCUCAUGCCCUGAGAAGGAACAGCAUGCUCACAGCACUUCAGCUCUACCAAGAUAAAGAUCAUUUCACCUCCCAGCACCAGAAGCUGAGCCUGGGAUGUCCAGUGCUAGACAGUUUGUUGAAAGGUGGCAUUCCUUUAGUGGGAAUCACGGAGCUUGCUGGGGAAAGUUCUGCUGGGAAGACUCAGAUUAGUUUACAGCUGUGCCUGUGUGUGCAGUAUCCUUACAAGUAUGGUGGAUUAGAGUCUGGAGCUGUCUACAUUUGUACAGAAGAUGUGUUCCCAAGCAAACGUUUGCAGCAGCUCAUAGAUCAACAGCACAAGCUGCGUGCAGAUGUUCCAGCUGAAAUCAUACAGAAGAUCAGAUUUGGAAACAGUAUUUUUGUUGAGCAGGCAGCAGACCUGGACACCUUCCAGCAGUGCAUCUCGAGGAGGCUGUCCCUGCUGCUGGCUCGGGGCAUGGUGCGCCUCGUGGUCAUCGACUCCAUGGCCGCCCUGUUCCGCUGCGAGUUCGGCCCCGCCGAGGCCGCGCUCAAGGCUCGCUACCUGCAGACCUUUGGGGCACAGCUUCACAGCUUGAGCACUAGGUUCAGGACUCCCAUCAUGUGCAUUAAUCAGGUGACGGAUGCAGUGAGCGAGUCAGAAGCUGCUCAGUGCAGUUUUAGGAUAGUGGGUAGCAGAGUCACCCCAGCACUUGGAAUAACCUGGUCCAACCAGCUGCUGAUGAGACUGAUGGUCAGUCGGACAUCGCUGCCCGGACACUCACCUGGAGCAGCAUCACACUGCACUGGAAGCACGAGGACUUUAAGUGUAGUUUUUGCUCCUCAUCUCCCUCCAUCCUUUUGCUACUAUACAAUACAGUCGGAAGGUGUAAAAGGAAUAAAAUAACCCUUUUGCAUAGCAAAGCAACUUGCUCCAAAAAUGUACCAGAACUUUGCUUCAGGAAGAAUUACCAGCGAAAUGCAGUCCUUCCAGGAUCAGAGAAGCUGAUGGUGAAGUAUUUGAGCAAUGGUAUGACUACAUUUAGCCUUGUCUACAUUGUGAAAGAUUAUCUUUUUACACUUGGAUAUUCAGCUUUUCCUUGUGAGAGGAGUGUCCUGAGGUUUCUGAAAGAGAGGGAAGCUGUGGGCAGGUGGAGGCUGCCUAGUAGAGUGGGAUGUAGCAAUCCCCAUGAUGGGGGAGACCUCAUGUCUAAUUUAAUUUUAAUAGCAUGCUCAUCUAGAAACAGCAUUUACUGUAGUUUAGUGCUUUCUCUAUUUCCAGACCCAACAGGACUUGAAAUUCAGUCAGUUUACGUUGCCUGCUGCUAGUUCUGGGUCUCAUGCUGCCAACUAGGGAUAGAACAGCUGCUUUGUGAAAAAGAAUGGCUAUUUUAAAACCACUUGUUAUUAUAAUUUUAAAGAAAAUAAUACCAUAAAGGUAUUUGAUUUUAACAUCUUACUGUAAUAAUUAAAAUUGCACUGCCUUUGUAUUAGAUGAGGAUAUCUGGCUUCAUAGCACUCUAAAAAUUAUUUUAAUGGUUCAUUUCCACUCUUUUCCUACUUUCCAGUAUCUUCCCUUCAUAGAAAAAGCUCUUUAGCCUCUUUCAUCUGAAGGACAGCAAUACACAUCCCCCACCCCUCUGUUCUCUUUGCCCAUUGCUGAAGCUAUGUAGCCUGAGGGCAAGGUUUCUGUGUUCUUCCUGAUGCUCUGCCCUGCUCUGUGUUUUGCUGGAUCAGCAUUCUUCAUGGGCUUCUGGAUUGCUGCCUCUCAUGUCCCGUGUCCCUGCUGCUGGGCUUGCAGCUCAGCUGUGAUCCUGAAGGGCACCUUCAGCUCUUUCCAUCCAUUCAGAUGCUAUUGCACUUCUCAGAUGAUUUUUGCUCAGUUAGAGCUUCAUGUGGAUUGUCUUCUCAUCUUUCUGCUAUUUGUCACAUUUUGCUGCUGUUCUCAGACCACUGCCAUGACAUCCACUCUUCCUAUGGCUGAAUUUCUCCAUUGCUCUGUUCCAUGUGAAAGCAAGCCAGGUGAAGUUACACUGUCUAAAGGCCUCUGUUCUGUGGGUGCCUGCUCCCAUCUGUGAGUGAUGCUCACUUGUAUACACACUCACCAAGCUCUCGUGUUUCCCCUCCUCCUGCUGCUGGCCCAGAUGUGAACUCCAUGUUUUUGUGGAGUGACAGUGCUCAGGUGUCUUUUAGCCAAGGAACCCUGUGUUUUGAAACAGCUGCCUCCCCUGCCUUUCCCCAGUCAUCCUCCUUCAGGACAUGCAUCCAUCUUUUCAUGUGCUGGGAAGCUGAAUGGCUGAAAACUGCCUCAGCUGGAACUAUGGCAGAUUUCUCAAGGGACAACUGAAUAUGACUCGAGGAAAAGAGACCCUGUGUGACUGCCUGGGGAAGUUCCAGGGCAGAACAGGCACAGCUUGAAGCUGAAAGCAAGCAGAAAGGAUGAGCUGCUUCCAGUGCCUUCUGCAACCCCUUCAGAUGUCUCAGGGGCCCUUGUGCAAAGAGCACAAGUGUCUAAAUCAUUCCUGUAAGGUGUCUUAAUUCUCUGUAUUUGGAAAUGUCUGCACAGCGUUUUAUAAUAAAAUCCAACCAUGAAGUUUAGAAGCCUUUGUGUACUCUAAUGAAAAACAGAGUACCACAGCUUAAAUACAGGACCACCUCCUUCAAACCCUUACCUUCCAUGCCUCCUCCCUAACAACUUCAAUAAAGAUCAACUAACACAGCACAAGUAACACUCCAGUUCUCUCCUAUUCCUGCCCUGUGUAUCUGGGCUGGAACUGCAGCCAAGGUAAUGUUCAUCCUGUUGUGCUGACUGGGAAAAGCAGCCACAGAGAUGUAGCUGAUUAAUGGGAGUCAAACCCUACCUGGAAAUUCAUUUACAGAAGAGCCUCAUCAAAUCCUGGGCUCCAAUCCCAGGAGUUUGCCUUGCUAUGAGUGAGCCAUACCUACAACACUGUGAAACCUCUGAAGGCUCAGUCUGUAAUAUUUUGAUCACUCUUUUUUGCAACUUUACUGCUUGUAGGAAUGGCCCCGAAGUGUUAAGUCACAGAUGGAUCUGUAAUUAAAGUUCCAGUUUACUUGGUGAAAAACACUUUUACUAACAAACAGAAGUAACAUUUUACCUGCUCAAGUGCUCUGUCAUUACCCUGUUGUUUUGUUGGUUAUUUCUCUCCAGCUGAGUCAGAGUACAUUGCAGUUUGUCUCCUGGCUCAUGAGCACACACAAACCCUGAAAUCUCAAAUGCAGCUGAGCCCCACUGAGGCUCAACCAACACCCAGUCACUCCAGUUCCUGCCCAGUCCCUCUGUCCCACCCCCAGGCACAGCCCAGAAUGUCCACUUGACCCAAGUGGGGCUGCAAACCCUCAUGGGAACCAGACACAGCACCUGCCUAUUGAAGCCUUGUGUCAAAAGUGUUGAAACGUGCUUAAGUUUUAA